AUGACUUCCCGUGUCACAGUUCAACAGGUUAUGGGCCGCACUUCGGCUUAUAUUAAUCUUACUUCCUCUGAAAAACUCACUCCUCUCAACUAUCAUGUCUGGGCUACCAAAAUUCUUUUGGGUCUUCGUGCUAUGAAUAAUGGUGUCCACCUUUAUGUCGAAGCUGGUACUGUCAAUCCAGCUGCCAAUGAAUCCCUUGAAGACCUCACCGCCUCGCUUGAUACCGUCGUCCAUGAUGUCAUCCUCAACAAUAUUUCUCCUGAGUUGAUCGAACAUGUUAAUGAUGUGGCCAUUAGAGGCCGUGACCUCUGGCUUUACCUUCAUCAGGAGUAUAGUCAACUCCAACCCGCCGAUGUCAUCUCACUUAUGAAAUCCCUCUAUGCUGGCAAUAUUGAUGUUGGUCCAAAGUUUGUUUCUUCUGUUCGUUCAUAUGUUGCUACCUGGCGUUCCAUCUACCAAUCAUUGUCGCCUGAUUCGGUCGUGGCCUUCAACGCUUUGGCUUCAAUGGGUCCCAAUUGUGAGCGCUUCAUCCAGUAUGCCUUGGAGCACCGCUUUGAUAGUAACAACAAUACUGACAACCUUGAUAUUAACAACUUCAUCCGGAACACUGAUAAAUGGGCCAAGUUGUUGAAGAUUACUGGACCCCCUGCUACUCUUUCGACUGAAGCGUUCGUUGCUUCAUCAAAGAAGUACAAUAACAAAUCUAAGGGUGAUGGUAUCAAAUGUUUCCGUUGUAAGAGGCGUGGUCAUACUUCCAACAAUUGUCAUGUCUCUUGGGAAGAGGUUCAGGCUGCUCGCCAAGAUAAUAAGGAUGACAAGGAAUCUAAGGAGGCUAAAACCUCAAGAGAUAUCAACAUAGUUUCCACCAAACUCCGUGCGAUUAUCAACUGCACUAUCUGCGACAACAUUGCUGCUCAACACUCUCCCUUGUCCAGAAUCACCUACUGCCUUCAUCCAAGUAGUCCCCUCAAUGUCUCAAACUUCACGACCAAGAUUCUUAGUGAACAUAUCUGCCACAUCACUUGA